CAAAUUACUAAAAUUAAUUGCAGACCUUCGGUAGCUCUGUUUCACCCAUUUAAAAUACGUAGUCUAACAGUUGCCUUAGAGAUCGAUAGUAUUGACACGGCGACUGACCAAUGCUUAUUUAGACUAGGGCAAGGUGGUCCCUCACGCAUUAAGUAAGUCGGCAAGUAGAUUGUAGUACAGUGGCGCCCCACACCAAUUUUGGGUAAAGUUAUUAAUAAACGUUACGACAUCUAAAAGCAAUGACAAGUUUGCAUAGAUUGUCCUUGGGCAUUCUUCGUCCUGCUUUGUUUAGGUCUGAAAACGUGUUUUCUGUUCCUUUGCGAAUUUGGCGGUUGCUGGCUUCAGAAACUGGUUAUCAAGAUCAUCUGGAGUCUAUGGUGAAGAAAGAUAAAAUGGUUGUAUUUAUGAAAGGCACCCCUGACCAGCCUAUGUGUGGUUUUAGUAAUGCUGUGGUACAGAUUCUUCGUAUGCAUGGGGUAGAGGGUUAUGUAGCUUACAACGUUUUGGAGGAUCAAGAUUUAAGGCAAGGUGUUAAAGACUACUCAAAUUGGCCAACUAUUCCUCAGGUUUACUUCAGUGGUGAAUUUGUUGGGGGCUGUGAUAUUCUCUUGCAGAUGCAUCAGAACGGAGAUCUGGUUGAAGAACUUAAGAAACUGGGAAUCAAAUCUGCACUUUUAGAAGCUGAAAAGGACACUAAACAGUAGAAUUACCAGAUUUUGAAAGCUGUUUGUAUAGAUGUAUGUAUAAUGUAUGCAUUUUAUAAAGAGUGUGACAACUGCCAACAAAGCCUUAUUUUUCAAGAAGACAGCUACACUGUUACGGUCUAAUGGCACUAAACCUUUAACCAAAUAUCCAUGUUGCUAGUGUUGUGAAAAGUCUGUUGUAUAGUGUUGGUUUGACUAAAAUUCUGUCUUGUGUUUCUAAAGUAAAUUAUUCAAGGUGUGCGUAAUGCCCAGUGUAUAUCGUGGAAGUGUUUGGGAGAGCUUACAUUACCGCCUGGUAUUCAAACUGACUGCAUGGUGACAGUUGCUGUUCUAUCCAAGUUGUGUUCGAGUGGGAAUAGAGUUGUUUGUAAGCAGUGAAUGUUGGAUUAAUUUAUAUGGGGAAAGUUUGAGCACAAAAUUACUAGUGUGCAGUGUUCGAGUGGGAAUACAGAGUUGUUUGUAAGCAGUGAAUGUUGGAUUAAAUUCAUUUAUAUGGGAAAGAUUUGAGCACAAAAUUACUAGUGUGCAUGCCUUGCAGUUGUAUACCACUAACGAAUAAGGUAGUAACUUUAGCCUUAAUGUCACAGGAUUAGCUUGACUAAUAUUAAAGCAUAAUUCAAAGACUGAGUAAUCGUUUUACCUUCAAAAUGGCCAGUAGAUUGCUUCCUGUUUAUGUAUUGAAUCAGUUUAUUCACAUUUCUGAAACACUAGCUUUUUUAUGUAACAAAGGGAAGAAUAUUCUGUGCUUUUAUCCCUAAAAACACCAGUCAACAAAGAGCAUUUGAUCGCCAUUUUGUAUAGAAACUACCAUUGUUGUCUUACUAGGUCUUUUGUGCUUAAAUGAAUCCGACCUCAGACCUUAAAGUCAACAUAAAUUGCAAGAAGUAUUUUUCAUCUGCCAAGGAUCUGAAAAGUUAGAAUGUUGUUAACUUGUAUGGAUGUCUUAAAUAGCAAGAGACAAUUAAAACUGCACUUUGGAGACUGUAGGAAACGUGGACUGAAAAUAAAUAAAUGAACAUAAGAGAG